AUGGAAUAUUGGGAAGCGAUAAGCGAUGCCAUCAGCAAGUUGCGAGAAAGAAAAAAUCGGCCAGACCUAGACAACAUCUUCACAUUGUUGAGCCGGAAAAGACUCAAGCUCUCGAAGGCCGCUCUGGAGGACGCUUUGAUUGAGCUCGAGAAGGAGAACAAGUUGUUUCGCAAGUCUUUCAAAGGUCACAUAAGCUAUCGUCAGACCGUUCCCGGUGAGAAAGCGGCCGCAUCGUUCAGCUCCGACACGGAGGAAGAUACUCAGGACACCACGGAAGCGUUCGGUCGUCCCGUCGCAAACGAGGGCAAGACCGAGAAACAUACAGGGCUUUUUUCGGAGGACGGCGAAAACCAGAGGGAGAUGUCGACCAAACCAGAGACCACAGCGUCGCGACCGAAUUCCGCGGUGAGCUCUGAUUCUGACUCUCAAGAAGCAACUUCUAAAAAACGGAAAUUUUCAACGGACGUCAACUCGGGGCCUGUCGCCCGCAUGAGCGGUCGUAAACGGACGAAAAAAAUCCACGGGCCUGAUUGGCAGACCGAUGUCCCACAACUCGAGUGUAAGAUGCACCUCUCAACCUGCGUCAUUUGCAAGUCGAAAGACAUCAGCACUAAUUUGCUGUUUUGCUCCGCUUGCAAAAUCUAUGUUCACGCUCGCUGUCUGCAACUGACGGAUCGUUCCAUCGCCAAGAUCUCGGCCAAUAAGCAAUUCUACUGUCUCGGAUGCAAACCCUGUAAAAUUUGCCAUUGGGAGGCUUCGGUGGAGAUUCCCUUGAAAGAGCGCAGUAAGACGACGCUAGCAUCCAUAAUGGCAGGGAAUGAUAUCAUCCAUUGUUGUCAAUGCUACUCAGUUUUCCACCUGAGUUGUCUUCGGCCGCCUCUCGACACGAAGCCGAGAGACCAACCUUGGAUGUGCCGCAAAUGUAAUUACGAAGUCAACAAGAAAGAGAAGCUCAAAGCUAACGCCGCCGCGAACGCUAUGCUGUUAGUCUCGCAGCAGAAGCCGCUCUCUAAUCCUGAGAGAUCAGACUCUUCGAAGGCCUCUCGGAGCUCAUCCUGUAGUCCGGUGUCCAACAACGAAAACUCCCUCGGCAACAACGGAACGUCAUUGUCAACUGCUGCCUCUCCAGAACCGACUUUGAUAAAAUCCGAAGCCGGUGUAGACACCUCCGAUAAGAAGGAAGCCGUGAUCGUAACUGAGAACAACAAUUCGAAGAAUGCCACGGACAACAACGCUCCAAUCGCUCAGAGCACGAAGUCGAAAAAUACAGAACAGAAGACCACUUCUGAGCUACGAAGGAAACUUCUAGAGAUUUUGCCCCCGAGAAAUCGACGCGAGAUUUCCCCAGCUAUCCCACAGGCCGCAGAGGAGAACAAAAUCGCUGAACAUAAGAAAAGCAAGAUUCCAAAGAUCGUCGCGGAAGCUCAAAAACCUCAACAACAGAGCAAUAAGCUAUCUACGCAGGUUGCUCCGCAAAAUGCCAAAGACAAAACCAACAACGGAGUCUCACUAGCUGCGAAAAAAUCCUCCAUCGUUCCUCCUCCAGAACCGUCAUUAGUCUUGACCGCUGCUGAGCCGAUAACGAAUGGUCAAGCAGCUAUUCUAGGACAGGUUUUGAUCCCCAUCCCUCUAGCUGCAAGACCGAAGUCCCCACCUCUCCUUGUGACAAAGAAAGGCUUCGCUCAAUUCCAAAUCGAUUAUCCAUUCGUCGGGGAUUGGACGUCGGAGCAAGUCGCGAAUUUUUUCAAAGCUCUGGGAUAUGAUAAAGAGGCGCCAGUUUUCGUGGAGCAGGAAAUCGAUGGUCGGUCUCUGCUCUUAUUGGGUCGUAGCGAUGUCCUCAACGGUCUUGGGCUGAAGCUUGGACCUGCUGUGAAAAUUUUCAAACACAUAAGCAACCUACAGGACAUCGUCAGAAUCAACUGAUAGUCUGAUCAUCAGCCCAUUCCCCGAUCAUCUCUGACAAAGCAAUCAUCGCUCCAGCAACGUUGGAAGUGUCCCCCAUCGAAUGAUCCAAAGAAAGAGACGAGAAGAAGCUACCUUGCUUGCUCCAUCGAAACCCGAACGAUACUUCCUUCGGAAUCAUGAAUUGUCUGCCAGUCGUGUCGCGGCUCAUGGAUCACGCGCAAGAGUCCAAGAGGUCCCUCCUGAUCAAUGUCGACCUUAUGGAGAGCUAUUAAUUUAAUCCUUGUUUUGUUUAAGACGUUAUCUUUGUCCGUGAAUGUCGAUUCCGGGUCGUGCGGAGCUCUCUGUGGAACUCUAGAUCCUUUCAAUGUUCCCGCAUCGAAUAUUGUCAAUACAAGGCGUCGAUGUCCUGGACCAAUUCAUCUGAUCGAAUGAGUCAAAUGAGGGAAACAGCCAUUCGUUCAGAUAUCGCAUUUCCA